AUGUCCUGGAGUGUAGCAGCCUCUCCCCAAGAGAUGAUCUACCCCGUUCCGGAAACUCGCUGGAACGAGAUCAACCUCAAGGUGCAGAUGUUGGAGACUCUCACAUCGCGCCUCGCCAUACUCUCUGGUUUUCUCGGCAUCAUGUGCGCCUCCUUGACCUUCCUGAGACCUCACAGAUUGGAACAUCAUAGCCACGAGAUCAUGUAUAUAUGCUACUGUACUCUUGUAGCUAUCUUUAUUUCUCGCAUUGCUCUGCUCGUAAGCUUGGCCGUUGUGGUCUGGUUCCGCUGGUAUGAUCUCAACAACUGUAAAAGCUCAGUGCUGGAGAAGCAAGAGCCAGAGAACGAAGUCACUACAGAGCGCUCGUCCACGAAGGCUGUCUCACCAUCUGGCAACAUCCGCAAGUCGUCCCUCAGAAAGGCUGCCUCACCGGUUCUAGACACCACCCAGCCUUAUGAUAUUGAGAGCGAACUCCUCGACGAUGAUGAGUUUGACAGUGACUGGACUGUCUCGGAGGCCAGCGAGGAAGACAUGUCUACCUCCGACCUCGAUACAGAGGACUGA